GUUGCACCAUUUUUCACAAAGAUGGCCGCGUUUUACUAAAACAAGUAAAUUUUAUUCACUUUGCUAAUUAAAUAAAAAUUGAUUUUUCAAUUAUUUAAAAUAAUGUGAGCAUAUGAAAGAAAAUGUAUCGAAACGUAAUAAUGUGCAAAAGAUGUUCAUGUACGGCCGCUUUCACAAUGAAAUGAACGGGAGAAAAUUGUGUUGCAAAAGGGUGGGUAGGAAUACAUAAAGUGUGCAAAAUUUCUUAACAUUGAAAGAUACAUUGCUCGAAUGAAGAAAAAGCAAACCGAAUUAGAUUUCUAAAUCAAAAAGGAAAUAUUUGAAGUUUGUGUGAGAAACAAAUUUUGAAAAUGAUGCAAUAUAAAAGUGCUACCGCUAAUCCGGCAGGAUCAGCGGCGGCCUCGACAGCCGCUUCACAGACAGGACAACAAGUUCAGCAGCAGCAACAACAGCAAUCACAAUCGACUAAUAUAUCUACACCCAUAAAAGGCACAUUUGUCCAACCAUCCGCUGCGGCUGCAAAUGUAAUAAAUGCUGCAAAUCAAGCAAAUCAAAUACCUUUGUCUCAGAUUAUUAAUUUGCAACAAUUGCCACAACAAUUUGUACAAGCAGCAACAGCCCAAGCUGCCAAUCAGCAAGCUCAACAAUUGCCACAAAAUAUGUUUCAAAUUGUGCAGCCUAUGCAAACAGUAAAUAUUGACGGGCAAGAGGCAAUAUUUAUACCGAAUCUUAAUGCGCAAUUAACUACGGCUCAACCGGUGAGUAUUAAUGGACAGCAGGCGUAUAUCACGCCCAACGGUCAAAUUGUUCGAGCACCACAGGCAACUGCUGGACCUACCGCUGUGCAAUUGCAACCGGCUGCACAAUUUAUACAAGGAUUAGGUCAAACUGUGCAACUGCCGACUAGUUUCAAUGGAACGGAGCAAACAUUAUUUACUAUACCAGGGACGAAUAUACAGAUACCAGUUGCAACUGCGAGUUCUCAACAACAACAAUUUCAACAACAACAGCAACUGCAACAAUUGUUACAGCAACAACAGCACCAGCAACAACAACAGCAGCAAAAUCAAAUGCAGAUGCAACAAAACGCGAACGCAGCAGAUGGCAAUAACAGUGCUAGUGUUUCCCAAUCAGGUACAACAGUUGCUACUACUUCGUCGACGCCGUCGAUUAAUUCAAAUUCUGGAAAUGGUUCGACUGCAACUAGUGUCACCACUGCCAAUUUACCCGCAUCCAUAACCAUUCCAGGAACAAAUAUACAAAUACCGACUUCGGUGGCAGCUGCCAACGGUUUACUAGGUAACUUAAAUCAUCCACUAUUAGCUAGUGGCGCAGCGAUUAAAUUGGAAAAUGGUCAAACCUUGCAAAAUAUACAAAUACGUCCUUCAGGACCGGGUUCGGCAAGUGGCCCUACUCAAUUACAACAAAUUGUGCAAUUUCCCCAUUCCAUCCAGCAAACACAGACGGUUCCACAGCAGUCCACAUUGCAGCAGACGACAGUAGCUGUACAAGUGCCUAUACAGACUGGUGUAGGAGGUCAGACUAUUUAUCAAACAGUUCAUGUGCCUGUACAACAAUUGGGUACCCCAGGGGGUAUGCCGACUGCUAAUUUAUUAUCAGCUCAACCACUUCCCAUGCCCCAAAUAAUACCACAGUUCACCCAAAUUGCACAAAUUGUUACACCAAAUGGUCAGAUACAGCAGGUGCAAUUAGCUCCGUUGAAUGCUUUAGGUCCGUAUCAACAAAUCCCUGCUAAUGCUAACAUUAUACAAAUACAAAACACUGCUCAACAACAGGCUGCCGUUCAGCAACAACAGCAGCAACACCAACAACAAGUUGUAGCUCAACAGCAAGCGGUCGCCGCGCAACAACAAGCUCAACAACAACAACAACAGUUGCAGCAACAAUUGCAGCAGCAACAGCAACAAAUUAUACAGGCGAUUAAUGCGGCGAACGAAUCUGGCGCGCAAAUACCCACCAAUCAACCGAUAACUAUAACCAACGCUCAAGGUCAACAGGUUACCGUAAUACCCGCACAACAAUUACAGCAACUACAAAGACCCCCUCCCCCGCCCACCAACACACAGGUACAACCUGCCCAUAACCUAAUACAACUGCAACAAAUUCCAGGAUUGCAAGCUCUACCCAUUCAAAAUAUCCCAGGUAUAGGGCAAGUUCAAAUUAUUCAAGCAUCACACUUGCCGCCAAAUUUGCAAUUAGGGAGCUUGCAACAAGUUCUUGCGGCUGCGCCAACACAAUCCAGUGCGACUCCAUCAGCGGCUCAAACGCAGCCACAACAACAACAAACAUCAAAUGUUUCUGUUCCUGCGACGGCAGCGACAGCAGCGGCCCAAACGCAACCUCAUUCAACAUCCUCCUCACAAUCGCAAGCGAAUGUCAGUAGCACCAAUGUAACUUCCGUUACAUGUUCUCAACCUUUACAGCUGCAAACCUCUGAAAGCGCCGUCAGCAAUAAUCAACAAGCUAAUAAUUUGCAACCCAAGCAAGAGCCGCAAUCUCCAACACAAAUGGCCCAAACCCUAUUGGCAAACGUGACAACGACAACGGCUAAUAUAAAACAAGAACCACCAGAUAGCCACAGUAGUGGCACACAAAUUAAAUGGCUUAUGCCGCAAACCGCAGCAACAGUGACACAGAUAUCACAGCAACAGCAGCAGCAGCAAAGUCAACAGCAACAAACUACAUUACAACAACUACAGCAACAACAUCAGCAACAACAAGUUCUAGCUAGUUUAGAAGAAUUGGCCAUACCAGUAAGUAUACCAGCUUCAUUGCAAAUAACACCCGUCCUGCCACAACAUCAGCCAUCUACUCCGCAAUAUGGUUUAACAAACGCUCGAACCACAAUGAAGCCGCAGGUUACCACACAAGCAUUGACAGCCGUACCAUCAAGCAGUGCGUCAACUACUACUAUGACUAGCGGAUCUGGGGCUACCCAAAUCACUAUAGCUACCACGACUACGAAUAACACAGCUAACAAUAGCAAUAACUCAGGUGGCUUGCAGUUGUCGUCUGUUUCAGCAGGGCAACAGCAACAACAGCAACAACAACAAACUACAUCUAACCUAAUGACCUUACCGCCACCACCGCCACAAACGUCGGUUAAUGUUAACAUUAAUUUAAAUGAGCCGGGUGCUCUCGGCAUUAAGCCGCGUCUGAAACGGGUAGCCUGUACCUGUCCCAAUUGUACUGAUGGCGAGAAAAAUCACAACCGAAAGAAACAGCAUGUAUGCCACAUAAAGGGAUGUAACAAAGUCUACGGGAAAACGUCUCAUUUAAGAGCUCAUCUAAGAUGGCAUACUGGCGAGAGACCUUUCGUAUGUUCGUGGCUUUUCUGUGGUAAGAGAUUUACACGUUCAGACGAAUUACAGCGGCAUCGAAGAACUCAUACAGGCGAAAAGAAAUUUCAAUGCCCACAAUGCGACAAGAAAUUUAUGAGAAGUGAUCAUCUUUCAAAACAUAUUAAAACUCAUCUAAAAGCCCGUUCACCCCUCCAAUUAGUCGAAGUUGAACAUAUCAAGCAAGAAACUCAGGAAAUUAUUAAACAAGAAGCGCAGGACGCUACGGCAGCACGUACCGGUGGCAAUGUUAAUGCAACUACAACAACAACAACCGUUUUAGGAUCAACGGGUGCAACCGAUGGAAAUGUAUUGAAUUCGAAUGCAAUGUCAUCAAAUGACCCGAAUACUGGUAUAGGAAACAUGAAAAUGGACACCAAUUCAUCUGCUGGUAAUAUGCAGGACAAUGCUGUUGACCAAGGUGAUAGCUAUUGUGAAGAAGAUGACUGUGAAGAUGAGUACGGUGAAGAUAUGUAUGAAGAUGAUAGCGGAGACGAUGAAGAGCGAAUGACUAUUUCUCUUAAUGAAUUUACCGAAAAUUCUAACUAGCACGAGGCCGAUCUGUUCAUGGAACAGUUUUUAAUGGACGAAUUUGGAGUCUAAAGACAAUACGACACAGGCCGCCAUCAAAAUAUUGAAAUAUUGAUGUGAAGGCACUCUACGCGUAGGAUAUAAAAAGAAAUUAAAUUUAAUUAAUUAAUUCCAAGAAAUGGAAUUUUAACGAACAUUUUUUUUUUUUUUUUUAAUAGCUUAAUGUUCAUAGUCGAUUAAGUGUAUACAGUUUUUAUAUGUUUACAAUAUGUACAGUAGCAAAAAUUAUAAGCAUAUAUAAGCACUCGGUAUAAGAAGAGCCCAGUAUUGGUAGUUGGCAUUUUUUAUGAAAAACAAAAAGAAAGGAGAAGAUGAUAUCAUUGAACUUUAAUGGUUAUUAUUAGGAGAAAAGUACACUUAAUUAAGUGCUUGUAAAGUACUUUUUUUUCUACUUUAUAUAUUCGGGUACAUAGGUGUUUAUUUUUUAUUUUAGUUUUUCAUGUAAAUAAAAAAGGAGUUUAAAUAUAAAUUUCGUGUUCUUUUUUUAAUGUUCAAUUGAUUGCAUACACCAGAUGUUUGAAUGAAAUUCAUUUUUUAUGUAAAAAAAAAAAAAGAAGAAAAUCAUGUUAAUUAUAAAAUAAUCAAGGGUU